AUGAGUCGCUCGCUGCGCCUCAGACCCGGUGACCUAGCCGAGUUGUUUGAUGGCCAGGGAUCCAUCGUGACCGUCCGAUUGGAGUCGAUCGACCGCCAGCAGGGCAUUGUUCUUGUGGCCACGGAAGCUGCCCGGAAGGUUCCUUUCUCCGGCCCCCAGUGGACGGUGGUGGCAGCUUGUGGCACGCUCAAGGGUGGCCGCUCUGAUUGGCUGAUCGAGAAAUGCACGGAGCCGGGAGGAGCGGGGUUUAUCCCACUGGACACUGUUUGUAUCCGCAUACUACCUCCCUUCCCCAACCCAGCAUGCAUGAAGAUUGGUUUUGAGGCGUCUCAAAACCAGUCUUCAUACACGUGGCUGGGAGGAGCGAGGAUCAUCCCACUGGACACUGUUUGUAUCCGCAUACUACCUCCCUUCCCCAACCCAGCAUGCAUGAAGAUUGGUUUUGAGGCGUCUCAAAACCAGUCUUCAUACACGUGGCUGGGAGGAGCGAGGAUCAUCCCACUGGACACUGUUUGUAUCCGCAUACUACCUCCCUUCCCCAACCCAGCAUGCAUGAAGAUUGGUUUUGAGGCGUCUCAAAACCAGUCUUCAUACACGUGGCUGGGAGGAGCGAGGAUCAUCCCACUGGACACUGUUUGUAUCCGCAUACUACCUCCCUUCCCCAACCCAGCAUGCAUGAAGAUUGGUUUUGAGGCGUCUCAAAACCAGUCUUCAUACACGUGGCUGGGAGGAGCGAGGAUCAUCCCACUGGACACUGUUUGUAUCCGCAAACUACCUCCCUUCCCCAACCCAGCAUGCAUGAAGAUUGGUUUUGAGGCGUCUCAAAACCAGUCUUCAUACACGUGGCUGGGAGGAGCGAGGAUCAUCCCACUGGACACUGUUUGUAUCCGCAUACUACCUCCCUUCCCCAACCCAGCAUGCAUGAAGAUUGGUUUUGAGGCGUCUCAAAACCAGUCUUCAUACACGUGGCUGGGAGGAGCGAGGAUCAUCCCACUGGACACUGUUUGUAUCCGCAUACUACCUCCCUUCCCCAACCCAGCAUGCAUGAAGAUUGGUUUUGAGGCGUCUCAAAACCAGUCUUCAUACACGUGGCUGGGAGGAGCGAGGAUCAUCCCACUGGACACUGUUUGUAUCCGCAUACUACCUCCCUUCCCCAACCCAGCAUGCAUGAAGAUUGGUUUUGAGGCGUCUCAAAACCAGUCUUCAUACACGUGGCUGGGAGGAGCGAGGAUCAUCCCACUGGACACUGUUUGUAUCCGCAUACUACCUCCCUUCCCCAACCCAGCAUGCAUGAAGAUUGGUUUUGAGGCGUCUCAAAACCAGUCUUCAUACACGUGGCUGGGAGGAGCGAGGAUCAUCCCACUGGACACUGUUUGUAUCCGCAAACUACCUCCCUUCCCCAACCCAGCAUGCAUGAAGAUUGGUUUUGAGGCGUCUCAAAACCAGUCUUCAUACACGUGGCUGGGAGGAGCGAGGAUCAUCCCACUGGACACUGUUUGCAUAGUACCGCAUAGUACAUCCCUUCCCCAACCCAGCAUCUUCCCUGUUCCCCUUCUCACUGUGUGCUCGCCUGCAGGAGCUGGGAGCAGUAGGAUUCAUCCCACUGGUCACGGAGCGUCCAUCCAUCCUUUCGACUUCCAACUUGACUCAAUAGUCCUCUCGCUUCUCUCCACUUUCUCGCCUCUCUCCAUUUCCUUGUCUCUCCCCUCAGGCCAGUCCAUCCAUCGACCUUGCAUCCACGACUUCAUCUCUCUCAACGACCUCACAAAGCAGGUAUGUGAUCGCCUCUCUCCCUUCUGCGCCUCUCUCCCUUCUGCGCCUCUCUCCCUUCUGCGCCUCUCUCCCUUCUGCGCCUCUCUCCCUUCUGCGCCUCUCUCCCUUCUGCGCCUCUCUCCCUUCUGCGCCUCUCUCCCUUCUGCGCCUCUCUCCCUUCUGCGCCUCUCUCCCUUCUGCGCCUCUCUCCCUUCUGCUCCUCUCUCUCUUCUGCUCCUCUCUCCCCAGGCCCAUUCGGCUCUGCUGGGAGUGCCCGACUUAUUACCCCUGCUCACCAUCCUUGAGAAAAUCACCAGCUCCUUCUCACCGCAUUCCACUCCUACCUCGUCCCUGUCCUUCCUCCCUGUGUAUCCAGCAGGCCCCUUUGGCUGUUUCGGGAGCACCCAAUGCUUUGCCACUGCUGGCAGCAGUUGGAUGAUGGAUUCGUUUAAAGAGCCGCGCCAACUCCUCCUCGCCGCAUCCCACCCACUCUUGUCUACCUCUUCCUUGUUUCUCCUGCCUUCCCCUGCAGAUUCAGCAGGCCCCUUUCGCUCUGCUGGGAGCGCCCAACUCGCCUCCCCUGCUGGCAGCAGUCAGGGCGAAGGAUCUUUUGAAAAAUCACCAACCCCUUUCCACCGCAUCCCACUCCUACUUCCCCUGCAGAUUCAGCAGGCCCCUUUCGCUCUGCUGGGAGCGCCCAACUCGCCUCCCCUGCUGGCAGCAGUCGGGGCGAUGGAUCCUUCUUUGCUGCAAAAGGGCGGGCUGCUUAUAGUGGGGCCUGAAGGAGGUGAGAUGCGAGUUUCGUUUGAGAUGCCUGCCCGACUGUUCUCCACCCGCCCGACUGUUCUCCACCACCCGCAACCACGCUCCACCCCCACGUUGCAACUAUUGGGGCUGAGGGCAGCAGCAGGGUCACGGGCAGUCCGCUCCGCGGGUGGAAGGAACCAAUGGGUUGCAAGUAUUGGGAAAUCGAACCCCAUUUAG